AACGGAAAUUCGAAUAAGGAUCUGCGAAUAACGACCUAACUUCAGCCUCGUCCCACAACCAGGGUUGCUGCGUAGCCUGCAGGGCAAUUUAACAAAGACGCUUGAUAACGCGACUGUACUGUCAAUCAUAGUCAGUCAAAUUAAGUGGACUUUGUGAAUAAGUGAUCUUUACCUCUAUGUCGAAGCGAUGGAUACAUCUGUGAAUACCGUAAUUGCUCAGCUACCUCGAACAAACCUCUGGUAGAACCAUAGAUCAGUAUUUUGACAUGUUAUCCGGGUUAUUUCAAACCAGCAGAUUGGGCAUUAGAGAGAGAAAACUUAAACGUAAAGGUUUGCUAAGAAAGACAGGCACUGCUUUCUGUAAGAGGUAGGCUGAAUUGUAGCUGACAUAACCAAAGAGAAGAAUGGCAACGACUUUGACGGCAGAAGAAGAACAGGCUACAAAGCAGUUUCUUGAGGAGAUCAACAAAUGGACCACGCAGCAUGGGGUUUCGCCACUGUCUUGGGAGGUGGCCAUCAAGUUUCUCAUGGCUCGGAAAUUUGAUGUGUUCAGAGCCAUUGAGCUUUUUCACAGCUACAGGGAGACGCGUCUUAAGGAGGGCAUUGUGAGACUUCAGCCCCAGGAGGAGCCUUUGCGUUCAGAGCUGCUCAGUGGGAAGUUCACAGUUCUGAGCGUGAGGGAUCCUUCUGGGGCUUCCAUUGCCCUUUUCACAGCAAAGCUACAUCAGCCGAGCAAAACUGGCAAUCAUGUUGUGCUUCAGGCCCUCUUCUAUCUACUGGACCGGGCAGUAGAGAGCUUUGAGACUCAGAGGAAUGGCCUGGUCUUUAUCUAUGACAUGGCUGGCUCAAACUACACCCAUUUUGAGCUGGACCUUAGUAAAAAGAUACUCAACAUGCUUAAGGGGGCGUUUCCGGCCAGACUGAAGAAAGUGUUUAUUGUUGGGGCACCAGUGUGGUUCCGUGUUCCAUACAACCUGUUGAGUCUGCUGCUAAAGGAAAAGCUAAGAGAGAGGGUGCAGAUGGUAAAAAUGACCGAUCUUCCUCAGCACCUUCCGCGGGACUGUCUCCCUGAACAUUUAGGAGGGGUACUUCCACUGGAUGCUUGUGGCUUGAACAAACAUUUAUUAGCAACCCAGAAUGGAAGGUCUGACCCUGUGGAUGAGCUGGUGAGCAUCCCAGUGGACGGCGUCUCCAUCCACACUGUAGGCCCAGAGGCCUUGAGACUUCAGGAGCUGAUGGACCAUGUGGGGGCGCUCCAUCGGCCUGGCAUCUAUGCAGAGUAUGAGGAGAUCCGUAAAGAGGCGCCGUCUGGCACCUUCCACUGUGCUCUAGCUCCAUACAAUCAGGACAAGAAUCGGUAUGCAGAUGUUCUUUGCUUAGACCAAACACGAGUUUGCCUCAAAGCCAGGAGAAAUGAGAGAUCAGACUACAUUAAUGCCAGCUUUAUGGAUGGAUACAAACAGAAGAAUGCCUAUAUCGGCACGCAAGGUCCCCUUGAAAGAACAUAUGGAGAUUUCUGGAGGAUGGUGUGGGAACAAAAUGUUCUUGUUAUUGUUAUGACUACAAGGACGGAUGAGGGCGGUAGAAAGAAGUGUGGCCAGUACUGGCCCUUAGAGGAGGGUGGGCAGGAGGUGUAUGGCCCCAUCGCAGUAGUCAGCCAGCGAGUGGAGAAGCAUUCCCACUACAAUAAGACCACUCUAGAGCUGCACAACACUGAGAACUGUGAGCAGAGACAGGUGGUGCAUUUCCAGUAUCUAAGCUGGCCAGACUAUGGUGUGCCGACCUCUGCUGUAACACUCAUCGACUUCCUGGCUGCAGUCAAGAGGCACCAGAAGAAUGCUGUAAUAACCAUGGGUACACAGUGGAGUGGACAUCACCUCGGCCCUCCAGUAGUGGUCCACUGCAGCGCAGGAAUCGGCAGAACAGGUACUUUCUGUGCUCUGGACAUCUGCUUGUCUCAGCUCCAGGAUGUUGGGACGCUGAAUGUGUUUCAGACAGUUCGCCGGAUGAGGAUGCACAGAGCCUUUUGCAUCCAGACCCCAGAACAGUACUACUUCUGUUACACUGCCAUUAUUGAGCAUGUUCAAAGACAGGGAUUGCUUAUAGACAGCCAGUGAUCUCUACAGAGAUCCCCCCCCCACCCACCCCCUCACAUUCCACUGGACUAAUGGAGGCUGCAGGAAGCCAUUUUAGAGUCGCUCCAACAUUCCACUGGACCAAUGGAGGCUGCUGGAAGCCGUUUUAGGGUUGCUCCAACCAUUUUACCGAGCCAAGUGGCAUUUCUUGAAUGAAGAUUGCAGUGAACUGAAUGCUUAUUUCAGCACAAAUCUGCAAAAAUGUAGGAACUGGAGAAAACUGACGUUAACUUCUCCUUACUUAAUUAACUACUAUAAAGGAAUGUCUACUGUACCUGUAAUGCUGAGGCGUUGAAUGAUGGUCGUGUAUAAUUAUAUGAUUUUCCUUUUAGUAGGUCUGUUUGUCACACAUAUAAGUCUAUACAUGUGAGUGUAUGUGUUGCUGCUAGCCGUAUGUAUUGACGGUAACAGAAUUAUCAAGCAGUUUCCAUUAGUUAAGUGUAGCUUCAAAGCUAACCAUCACCAUGGGCUUUGUUUAUAUGCGUCAUGUACCUCUCAGAAAGUGCCAUGUAUUUGUCUUUUAAUGAACUAUACAACAUGAAUCUUUAGGCACACAGAUAUAUAAGGAUUAAGAUUGCUAUAGAAAUUAUUCCUCAUAAUUGUACCAGACUCCUCUAUCCUAAGGAUCCGCCAUCGAGUUGAGACAAGGAUGUUCUGCCUCUAGAUUGCUACUUAUUUUAAUAUUGUUUCCUUGAGAAAGAAAUGACUCAUUUAAAACCCACCAUAUUCAGCCAUUUAACCACUAAUUGUACUGAAUAGAUAGACAGUAAGAGUUCUGUGUUACUGCUCUCUGUUCUGUGUUAGUCAGAUCACAUCUAAGUUGAACCAAACUCAUUUUUUGUUUGCAACUAAAUAUGCAUGUUUAAGGACCAUUUGUUUUGCUUUAGGUGAAAAUUACAAAGCAGAUAUUUAAUCCUCAGUAAAUGUAUACUGUCUAAUGCAAGGUAUAAAAUGAAGUGGACAUAAA